UUUCUCCAAAUGAGGAGCCCCGCAUUGAAGGCGCCUUCCGCCCCAGGGUGAUCCUUCCGCUCCCCCGGGCGCAACGGCCACCCCAUCGCUCCCAUUCAAUUCAACCUCCUUGAGGCAAAGAGUUUGUUCCCCCACUCAACCGGAACCCUAUAAACCCCUCCCCUCAGCUCAGGAGGCUUUCCCAGCACGCCUCUUUCUUCUUCCGUUCCGUUCGGGAGCCUCGCCCAGCGGAUUCCCGCCAGAAUGCCGGAGAUCCCCGCCGGAGUUGUCUCAGUUUCUGUGGUUUAGGUUAUCGGACGGCGAAUGAGAGAACUCGGAGCUGGUUGCUGGAAGCGAUCGUCCCAGCAGUCGAUUGCGCGUGCUAAUUUCCGACAGGAUGCCGGCCAUGUUUCUUGCUGCUGCUGAAAAUGCGGGUUUUCUGGAAGUAAACUGAGUGAGGACUGUGAGGAAUGAGAAUCAUGUGCGUCUACUUUGGUUUCUAAAAGGACCGUGCUCCGAGCUCAGAACGCAAGGAUCGAGUCAGCGGAUUUGCGGCUUUUUUCUCUGUACAAGCUUACAAUCUCUCCACUCUUUUUGCAAACCUCACUCCUCCAACGAUGAGAAAGUCGCAGUUCCCUCUAUCUUUAUGCAGCUACGGUUCCAGCGACGUACCGAUGCCGAACGCCCGAGCUUCCGCAGGGCCUGAGCUACCAAUCUGCUACUCACGCACUUUGCAAACAUGCACCGGCCUUCAACUUCGCUAUCUGGCUGCGCCUUCACCCAGCUCCCUUCAUAAUCACACGAUUCCGGACACCUUCAGAAGCUACUAUCCAGCAAGUACGAACGAAGGAAAGGUAGCCAUGACUGGUGCGUACGUGAACUGUGCAGAGUCGGGCAUUUGCUGGAGGAACUGCCAGUACGGAGACGUCGUGUUCAAUGGGAAAAAGAGGUCUGCCAGAACGUGUAGCCCCCCGGGACGGGAAGCUAGGUUGGUGGAGCCAAGGAAAAGGAAGUCUGGCCACAGCGAUGUCUCCGAGGACCCUGUGAGAGACCAACAGCAACCCAAGCCACCGGUGAGGAAGAGUCAGAAGCUUGGUGACAAAGUAAACGCUCUGCAGCAGCUCGUUUCGCCGUUUGGGAAGACGGACACGGCAUCGGUGCUCCAUGAAACGACAGUCCGCAUAAAGCAACUUCAGGACCAGAUUCAGGCGCUAAGCAUGCCGUAUUUUAAUUACAAAUCAUCAUUUUCCCGGCGGGUCUUUGACGACGACCAGUUUGAUUUGCGGAGCAGGGGGCUAUGCCUGGUGCCCGUCUCUUCUGCUAAUCAUUUCAGGGACCAGGAGAGGAGAGAUAUCAGCAUUUCUGGGAGGACUACCAUCUCUCCGUGCUUGCAUUAAUUCCCAUCACAUCGGAGUUUUCAAUUUCUUCAUGGUUUUUUCUUUUUGACUUCCCCCUCUGGCACUGGGUAAAUUAAUCGGACCAUUAAGUUAUAUAGCCAGUAGCCAUGUUCAACGAACUCAAGUAGUUUAUAACUUGACUAUUUAAGCAAAUUCACUCUCUUUCUCCGUUUUUA